ACAAACUACUUGACAUUACGUCGUCUUGGAAGGCAAAUUCUAACAAUAAUAAAAUAAUAGAGAACAUGCUAAUAGGUGUAAGAUAUGCUAACACAAUGGUUAUUCAGCUACAUAAAAAAUAAACAUAAACAGAAAAGAUGUCCAGUGUUUAUGUAACAUAAACAGUUUUUUUCAUUUAUAAGUCGCAGGAACAGCCAACCUAUGAAAAAAAGUGCGACUUAUAGUCCAGAAAAUACGGUAUUUAUUGGUAUUUAUUACAGUUAUAUCACCAUAAAGUAUUUACAAUUGUCACACUUGGAACUAAACUGUGUAUUUGUAUUUGUAUUUUGUGUGUUAAACUACCGUACAACGUGUACUCGUCCGGAUACUACACUCCUCCACGCUCUUCCACUUCCUCCUUGCUCCUCCUCCCUGCCUUUAUUUUCAAUGACAUCACCAACGGCCACCUUUGAUGAUGUCACGGCUGACUUUCUGAUGCUUCAGUGACACAUAAAUACAGCCUUUCCCGUUAAGAAGAUAUAUUAUCGAAGUUAGCGAAACACGUUUGAGACGGAAGCAACAUGGGUAAUAUCGAUACUCACUCGUCCGUCUACAUCGACAACUAUCUGUGCACCAUCACCAAAGACCUGGACGUCAACAAAACCCGUCUGUUGCUCUGCGACCCAAAGGAAACGGAAGGACUAAAAAGCAAAAUCAACGUCCAAGUCGCGGUCCUCGAGUACCUCCAAGGGAAAAGAAAGCAGGACAUCAACCUCUCCCAGAUGUGGACGGAGAUCAUUCCUCUUCGCGAGAAGCUGAAGGCGUCUGAGGAGAAGGAGCAGCUCAGCGAUAGCAAUCUCCUUGCCAGCUGGAAGAUCAUCAACGACCUCAGACUCCAGCUUCACGAGAGUCAAGUCAAGGAGAAGGAGAGCGCCGAGUACGCGGAGAAGAUCAUUCAAGACCUCCUAGCGCAGAAGAGCAAUCUUUUUAUCAAGGUGCAGAAAAUGAAAGAACAUCUACUGAAUCACGCCGCCAGCAUUCUUUCCACCGAGGAACCAGAGAACGGUCUGGAGAAGCUUUAUGCCGUGCAAACAUGCAUGGAUCUCUUCGACAAGCUGCAUGAGAUACAGAACAUCGAAGGGAAGACGCCGGAACGUGAAGAAAGCCUGGAAGAAAUCCUACCGGAAUCAAGCGAGGAGAGCAACAUCGAUAUUGAUACGCCUGCUUCAGAACUUGAGCAACAAGAGGACGCUUCACCAGAAGGAACCAUUACGAGGAAGAGCGGGGGGAGGGACAGGUUUUUGAAACGAUUUCCUUUUUUCCAGUGGCUUCAGAGACACUAUCCAUCAUCCACUCAAGGGUGAAAGGAAAAAGCUCAGUCUGUAAUAACAAUGAAGCAACAUUUCUUUUAAACUUUAGAUGCAUUUUAAAUACAUUUUAAGACAUUUUAGUUUUUGUGUUACUACCCCAAACUUCAAUAAGCGGGUCAAAAAUGACCCGGUCAGGUUGUUUUCUGGAAAUAUUUUUGUAAUGAAAAUUUUUAAUCAUUUCAUAUUCCAGAUAUUCCUCAAAAAAACAUGUUUUUGAUAUCAUGCCAUUCACAUUUUUAAUACAUUUUAAGAAUUUUUUGUUUUUGUGUUACUACCCCAAACUUCGAUAAGUGGGUCAAAAAUGACCCGGUCAGGUUGUUUUCUUGAAAUGUCUUCGUAAUGAAAAUUUUUUUUAUCAUUUCAUAUUCCAGGUAUUCCUCAAAAAACAUGUUUUUGAUAUCAUGCCAUUCACAUUUUUAACUUAUCUUUUAUACAUUUUAAGAAAUUUUAGUUUUUGUGUUACUACCCCAACCUUCCAUAAGUGGGUCAAAAAUGACCCGGUCAGGUUGUUUUCUUGAAAUAUCUCCGUAAUGAAAUUUUUUUUAUCAUUUCAUAUUCCAGGUAUUCCUCAAAAAACAUGUUUUUGAUAUCAUGCCAUUCACAUUUUUAAUACAUUUUAAGAAUUUUUUGUUUUUGUGUUACUACCCCAAACUUCCAUAAGUGGGUCAAAAAAUGACCCGGUCAGGUUGUUUUCUUGAAAUAUCUUUGUAAGGAAAAUUUUGUAUCAUUUCAUAUUCCAGGUAUUCCUCAAAAAAACAUGUUUUUGAU